CAGCAGCUAUGCCUCUCUCCCGGCGCGUGCGUGUUACUUCCCUGCCUGUCUCUCGCGGACCAGCCAGCUCUCGCACGUGAGGGGAGGCUCGGGGCGGGUCAGCUGCUUGCAGACGCCUCCCCUUGUGGACGCGCGUAGGGCCGGGCCCCAGGGGGAGGCCGCUGUACAAGUAAGAGCGGCGGCCGCAGCAGCAAGCAGCAACACUAAUAACAGGCGCCAAAGCCGCUGCCAGCAGCUCGAUGGGGUCCGGACUCUGCUGCUUUGUAGUGAAGGCGCUAAUCCUCCUGCUGCUGUCGCCGCCGCUCCUACUGCUCGCCGCGCCUCCCCAAGGACAGGUCCGCGCAGCCGGACUCCUGUUCGCCGACAUUGACAAGUGUGCCCAAGGGAUUGAUGAAUGCCACCCAGAUGCAAUUUGUCAAAAUACUCCAAAGUUGUACAAGUGCACAUGUAAGCCAGGUUACAGUGGAGAAGGAAAGAUGUGUGAAGACAUUGAUGAAUGUGAUAAUGACUUCAACGGAGGCUGCGUGCAUGAAUGUUUCAACAUUCCAGGCAAUUAUCGCUGCAUGUGUUAUGAUGGCUUUAUGUCGGCUCAAGAUGGUCAUAAUUGUCUUGAUACAGAUGAGUGCUUGCUCAACAGUGGAGGGUGCCAGCAUGUUUGUGUCAACACAGUGGGGAGCUAUGAGUGUCGUUGCAAUGAUGGAUUCUUCCUCAGUGAUAACCAGCAUACCUGCAUUCACCGUGCCGAAGAAGGCUUGAGCUGUAUGAAUAAAGAUCAUGGCUGUGCCCAUAUCUGCAAAGAAGCACCAAAAGGAGGAGUGGCCUGUGAAUGCAGACCUGGAUUUGAACUGGCCAGAAACCAGAGAGACUGUAUUUUGACUUGUAACCAUGGGAAUGGUGGCUGUCAGCAUACAUGCGAAGAUGCUGAUGAUGGGCCUGUUUGUGGAUGUCAUCCAGAGUACACACUGCAUUCUAAUGGCAAAACGUGUCUUGAGAGAGAGGAGGCUGCAAUGGAGUUCUCUGAAAAUAAUGCCACAGCAGGAGCUGAUGUAGACAAGCGAGUGAAACGGCGACUGCUCAUGGAAACAUGUGCAGUAAAUAAUGGUGGCUGUGAUCGCACUUGUAAAGACACCUCAACAGGUGUUCAUUGCAGCUGUCCUGUUGGAUUUACCCUUCAGUUUGAUGGGAAGACAUGCAAAGAUAUUGAUGAAUGCCAGGCCAGUAACGGUGGAUGCUAUCACUUUUGUAGAAACACAAUUGGUAGUUUUGAUUGUAGCUGCAAAAAGGGCUUUAAACUGUUAACUGAUGAAAAAUCAUGUCAAGACAUUGACGAAUGUUCAUUUGAAAGGACAUGUGACCAUAUGUGCAUCAAUCAUCCAGGCACAUUUGAGUGUACUUGCAACAAAGGAUACACUCUCUAUGGUUUCACACAUUGUGGAGAUAUCAAUGAAUGUAGCAUCAACAAUGGUGGCUGCCAACAUACCUGCAUAAACACACUGGGAAAUUAUGAAUGCUAUUGUGAUACUGGCCACAAAUUACACUGGAACAAAAAGGACUGUGUUGAAAGGUCCUUGCCUGAUGUCAGUUUACCCAAAGUAUCUCUGCGUUGCAUUAAGACUGAUGGAAACAAUAGGUGCUUUUUAAUCUGCCCCUCUGACGUCCAUUUGAUCUCUGGCCUGGAAGAUUCCUACACAAUAAAAUGUGGCAGUCCUUCUCCCAAGAAAAAAAUACAAAAUACAAAUGAGUCAGUUGCUCUAGAUAUUUCAAUCAUCAGGACAAGUGUAACCUUUAGAUUUAAUGAAGGAAAAUGUAACUUGAAAAAGAGGUUUCCAGAUGCUCUUCACCAUAUAAUACCAGAGAAACAUAAUUCAGUAAUGGAGAACAACUUCUACUAUGUAAAUCUGACAUGCAGUUCUGGCAAGAGAACUCUUGGAGACCUCAGCAGAUUGAAGACAGCUAGAGAAAUAUUUAUAUCUGCAGACUUUGAGCUUGAAACAAACCAAAAGGAGGUGACAGACACAUGUAAUUUGAGCUGUGCACGUAAGAAGACUGAGAAAAGGCUUCGUAAGGCAAUUAGAACCUUGCGGAAGGUGAUCAGCAAAGAACAAUUUCAUAUUCGCCUUUCUGGUGUGAAUCAUGAUGUGGCCAGAAAAUCUGCCAGGGUACUGGAUACCCAAGAGCUCUGUGGCCUGGGUCAGAGGCAUGUGGAUAACAAAUGUGCCAGCUGCAGUGUUGGAACAUAUUAUGAUGGUGAGCAAGAAAGCUGCAUUUUAUGCCCCAAUGGAACCUACCAAGACAAUGAAGGCCAAAUAACUUGUGAACCUUGCCGAAAUCCUGGAAACUCAAAAAUAGUUGGAGCUCACAAUAUAUCUGAAUGUGGAGGACAGUGCUCACCUGGUGAAUACUCUACUGAUGGAUUUAAACCUUGUCUUCCAUGUCCUUUUGGAACGUAUCAGCCUGAGCCAGGUCGGACUUCAUGUUUUUCCUGUGGUGGAGGUUUGAUGACAAAACUUACUAGUGCAACAGUGUUUCAGCAUUGUGAGACUAAAGUGCAGUGCUCACCUGGUCACUUCUACAACACUACAACACAUCGAUGUAUUCGCUGCCCUGUUGGAACAUACCAACCUGAGUUUGGACAAAAUCACUGUAUUUCAUGCCCUGCAAACACAACCACUGAUUAUGAUGGAUCAACAAAUGUAACUCAUUGCAAAGACAGGCACUGUGGUGGUGAGCUUGGAGAGUUUACUGGAUAUAUUGAGUCCCCAAACUAUCCUGGCAAUUACCCUGCAAACACUGAAUGUACCUGGACUAUAAAUCCACCUCCUAAACGCCGGAUUCUGAUUGUGGUUCCAGAAAUAUUUUUGCCAAUAGAAGAUGAAUGUGGAGACUACUUGGUGAUGAGAAAAAGCGCUUCCUCUAAUUCUGUGACCACAUAUGAAACCUGCCAAACCUAUGAACGCCCUAUAGCUUUCACUUCCAGAUCUAAAAAGCUGUGGAUCCAGUUCAAAUCAAAUGAAGGAAACAGUGCCAAAGGAUUCCAAGUCCCUUAUGUAACAUAUGAUGAGGAUUAUCAGGAAUUAAUAGAAGACAUAGUCAGAGAUGGUAGACUGUAUGCAUCAGAAAAUCAUCAAGAGAUCCUCAAGGAUAAGAAGCUGAUAAAGGCAUUGUUUGAUGUCUUGGCACACCCACAGAACUACUUCAAGUACACAGCACAAGAGUCCAGAGAGAUGUUUCCAAGGUCUUUUAUUCGAUUGUUGCGCUCUAAAGUCUCCAGAUUUUUGAGGCCUUACAAAUAAUGGAUGCUAUAUCUUGAAAACUUAAAAAUUCUUAACUAUAUGGCAGGAGAUUUAUUUUAUAUUCUCUAUGAUGGGUCAGGAAGAUGACCAGUAAAUUGUACAGAGUGUGUAAAUUUUUUAAUUAAAAAUAUAAGUAUUUCAUUGCCAUAUGUUUUAUUUCUGUCAUUACAUGACCUUCUGCAGGAGUAGCCAGCAUGGUACCCUCCAGAUGUUGUGGACUAUGACUCCUAUCAUCAACUAACCCUUGGCCAUGCUGGCUGGGGCUGAUGUAAUCUGCAGUGUCUGGAGGAUACCAUGUUGGCUACCCCUGAUCGCCUGGAUGAGUGUUAGGCUGCAGUCCAAUACAUCUCUACUCAAAAGUAAGCUCCAUUGUGUUCAGUGGGACUUACUUCCACAAAAGUGUGUAUUGGAUUGAAGCCUAAGUUGUAGAAAAGCUGGCCAGUUGCUUUUUCUAAUUAAAUAUUAGAUGCAACUGCAUACAUCUGUGAAAUUGCCUCACCUUCAGUACUAACUAUUGAGAGAAUUAGUCGGCAUUGUAAUAUAAGUUCUUCAGCUCUGAAAGGCUAAUCUUGAAAAAUUGUGUUUGUUGUUCUUUGAAUUGUGCAUGUCCUGCACAAUUAUUUUGAAAAGGCACGGCCCAAACACUUGGGCUCAUGUGGUUGUUGCAUAUAUGCAGUCUCUGAGAUUUCCUCAAUGGCAGCUAUUCGAACAGUGCAGCUGCUAUCUUAGAAAUCGCAAUACUAUGUAUUCACCACCUACUUGGAGGCACUGGUUCACACAAAUUAUUCUAGAAGCUGCACAAGAUGUGAUGAAAACCUGUCAAUCAUGCAAACAAUACUAGAUGCAUUAUCCAACUACACUGCAAAAAUUUUAAAUUUUAAUUUCAUCUUGGACUUGAUGGAACUGAUUUGUUACUGAAAAUGUUAGUUUUGUGUCAGUUUGUCUUUAUCUAGCUUAACUUAUCCAUAUAAAAUGGGUACAAUUCUAUUAUUGGUAAUCUGAUAUCCCCCUGGAGUGUCAAGAAUUAUUUCAGAAUUUAACAUUUAGAGGAUACAGUGACUGAGUUCCAUGGUAACUUUGUUUUUCCUCCAAAUAUUUCUUUUACAGCAUCCAGCACACUGUUGAUAAGAUUUGGUUUAAUUUUUUUAGUCCACAAUUACAAAGAAAUACUUCAUUUUGAAUGCUUCAGAAUUUUUCCUAACGUAAGUUUGAAAAUUUUGUUGUAAAUACAUGCUAUCAAAAAUGA